GAAAGCGUGUUUGCAUUGGGCGAACUGUCUAGGAGGAGCAGAGGAAAAAGGUUUUCUUCUAAUGGAGAAGAGAGAAGACUUGAAGUCAAUCCUCCCCUUUUUGCCACUUAAACUCCGAUCAUCUUCACUUGUUUGGCCACCUUCAGUAGUUGAAGCCCUCAAUUCCCUCUCACAAGGCCCUCUUCACAGCAAUGUUGACUCAGGCGAAGUCCUUUUCAUCGCCAUUUCCGAUAUUCGAAGCUCUCUCUCCCUCCCCAAUUCUUCCAUUGCUUAUUCUGCUUCUCACGGUUUUGCCCUCUUCCUUGACGAUUUGCUUCCGAGGGCUGCAGCUGCAAAAUGGUUCCGAGUGGUGGUUCCGUACUUGGCUACUUUGCUUUUGAAAUUGCCUUCAUUAUUAGAAACUCACUAUGAGAGUGCUGAUGGUGGAGUUUUGAGAGGAGUGAAAACCGGUCUUCGGUUGUUGGAAUCACAAGAGUCUGGCAUUAUCUUCCUUAGUCAGGAAUUAAUUGGCGCUCUCCUUGCAUGCGCGUUGUUUUGUCUAUUUCCUACCAACAAUAGAGGUGCCAAACGUCUCCCAAUGAUCAACUUUGAUCACUUAUUUGCGUGUCUACAUGAUCAUUAUGAAGAAGUUGAAAAUAAAUUGAAGUGCAUUGUUCACUAUUUUGGGAGGAUAUGUUCAUCUAUGCCCCUGGGCUAUGUGUCUUUUGAGCGCAAAGUGCUUUCUCUUGAAUGUACUCCAUCUUGUAUUCCCUAUCCAAAAGAAAAAAAUUGGAGCCAGUCCAACAUUUCCCUUUGCCAUAUUGUGAUUACCGUUUCAGGCUUAAUUGAAGAUCAAUCACGUGAAGCUAUUGAAGUUGAUUUUGCUAACAUGUAUUUAGGAGGUGGCGCUCUCGUUAGGGGCUGUGUGCAGGAAGAAAUUCGGUUUAUGAUCAAUCCGGAGUUGAUCGCUGGCAUGCUUUUCCUGCCGUGCAUGACAGACAAUGAAGCAGUAGAAAUUGUUGGUACGGAAAGGUUUUCAAGUUAUACCGGGUAUGCCUCUUCAUUCCGGUUUAAUGGUGACUAUGUGGACAAAAAAGAUAUGGAUGUUCUUGGAAGGCGUAAGACUAGGAUAGUUGCAAUAGAUGCACUCUGCAGCCCGGGAAAGAGCCAGUACAGACCUGAAUGCCUUCUAAGGGAGAUUAACAAAGCAUUUUGCGGCUUCAUGGAUCAAUUCAAGUGUCAUCAGUAUCAACAGUUUCUCAAAGAUGAUGGCCUCCUGGGACUUCAACAUGAUCAAAAUGUUAAAGACUCCGGUGGAAGGUCCAUUGUUAAUCUUCUGUCUCUUGGUCAUACUUCAACUUCAUCUCAAGAAACUGAGGAAACAUCGGAAAACCAGUUAAUCAGACGUGAGGGACACAGUCAUCAACCUUUAGACAAUCAGCAUGAAAUUGGGGUUGUGACUGGUAAUUGGGGUUGCGGUGCUUUUGGGGGAGAUCCUCAACUUAAAGCUAUGCUUCAAUGGAUUGCUGCAUCUCAGGCAUUGAGACCUUUCAUCUUGUAUUGCACAUUUGGUCUGGAAGCAUUGCAGAUGCUGGACCAGGUGACUCAAUGGAUUGUUUCACAUCAGUGGACUGUAGGGGAGCUUUGGAAUGUGUUGGUGGAAUACUCAUCUCAGAGAUCGAGGGGAGAAACUAGAGUAGGCUUCUUCAAUUGGAUCCUUCCAUCAUUGUGUUCUCGUGAUGCCAUGCUCAACAAUUCCUAUGAUGAUUGAACUUUCCCGGGCAUUUUAUGUUAAAUAAUGUAACACGGUCCUUGUAUUAGCCACUUCUUUGUAUUGUAUUAGAGGGUGAGAGGUGUCAUCAUGGUUC